CAGACCAACAGUUCAGUGUGAAAGAGCGAUGGAGAAGGUUGUACAGCUCCCGAGUGAUUUCAAAAGGAAUUAAAACUUGUAAAUUUUCACUAUUAGUGUCCAGUCAAUUGUUGUAAAAUUUAUGGGAAAGUGCAAAAGACUUUAUAAGUGAACGCAAUAAUUGAAAAAGAUGGGCCUAAAUGUGGGGACAAUGUCGGGAAAAUUGAUUUUCAGUGUUUGUUUACCUUUUGCCCUGUUUCUCUCAACAAAUGGAUACCAAGCUCACCAUCAGUGCAAUCAUCAUCAUCCAAAAGCCCAUGAAGUUAUUCACGGCGCCCACAUUGAGCCAGCACACAUAAUCCGGAAGCGGAGUCUCGAUCAACCUCUCCGGAUGACCAUCACAUACGAUGAGUCGGUUUAUAGACUGGACGAAGAUAAAUUUGAAUUAGUUAAUACAAUUAUUCUGCCAGAAGCUGUUCAUUUUUGGGAGAAAGCACUAAUGGUGAGGGAAACGAAACAAGUCAUUAGAUUAAAUAGGAAAUGCGAGAGUAGUCAGGUAUUUGUAAAGAAUUCCCUGACAUAUUGCAUUGACUCUUGCAAGGCGGUAACAAUGUGCGGUGAAGUGGUUGUGCCGGAGAAGCAUUUAGAUGUCUGUCGGACGUGCAAUGCGACAGGUCAGGAUUGCCGUGAGGCUACUGGUUCAGAAGCUGGCCCAGGCAUUGCAAACACGGAUUUUAUCUUUUACGUGUCUGCACGGCAAACUGAACGAUGUCACAAGGGACUUACUGUGGCUUAUGCGGCUCAUUGUCAGCAAGAAGCUGCACUCGACAGACCAAUUGCCGGUCAUGCAAAUCUCUGCCCGCUGAGCAUCAGUACAAAGCCCCAUGAGCUUCAAACACUCCUGUCCACGGUCAAGCAUGAAAUUCUCCAUGCACUGGGCUUCUCUGUCAGCCUCUAUGCCUUCUUCAGGGACGAAAAGGGCAAUCCCAGGACACCGAGGAAGCCAGACACGGGGAAGCCCUAUCUUAAUGAAAAUCUACAGAUUCAUCAGUGGAGCAAUGCAACCAUCAAGCGCAUCGUCAGGGAUCACUGGGUUAUCCGAGGAGGGCAUAUUCGUCGUGCCAUUGACAUGAUGGUGACGCCGAGGGUUGUGGAGGAAGCCAGGAAGCAUUUCAACUGCAGUGUUCUGGAGGGGGCUGAGUUGGAGGAUCAGGGAGGUGAAGGAACUGCCCUAACUCACUGGGAGAAAAGGAUAUUCGAGAAUGAGGCAAUGACGGGCACUCACACCCAAUCUCCGGUCUUCUCGAGAAUCACUUUGGCCCUCAUGGAGGAUUCCGGAUGGUACAAAGCCAAUUACAGCAUGGCAUCUCCAUUGACGUGGGGUAAGAACUUGGGGUGCAAUUUUGCCAUGCGAAGCUGCAAAGAUUGGAUUGCGAUGAAUCACGCAAAUGAAUCACUUUCGUCGGGAGCCAGUGAAGCAUUUCGAGGUCGCACGAUUCAUCCAUUCUGUUCAAAAGUCAAAAGAGAUCCACUUCAGACGGAAUGUACCGACGAUAGAAAUUCAGUGGCCUUGUGUAAUUUAAUUCGACACGACUAUCCAUUGCCCAUAGAAUAUCAGAAUUUUGACAGUAUCGCUCAUGUUGCUACUGGCGAGGAGAAAUUCUAUGGGGGUUCCGUGUCACUAGCAGAUCAUUGUCCCUACAUCCAGGAGUUCACAUGGAGAAGCAAAAACGUCACCGUCAGAGGUUCACAAUGUCAAUUUGAAGACAAUAAUCCAAAGCCUGAGAAGAAUUUUGCCCUGGAGUCCUACGGAGAGAACUCCAAAUGCUUCGACCACACGGACGCCAUGUGGGAGGAGAGAUCCUGUCGGCAGACACGGGAGUGGCAGCACUGGGGCUCCGGCUGCUACAACUAUCGCUGUGAAGACGGUCGGCUGCAUAUCCAUGUGUCCAACUACUCCUUCGAGUGCUACCAUGCUGGCCAGGAGAUCAGCAUACGAGUCUUCGCAGGCGGCUGGCUGCAUCGGGGCGCCCUGCGUUGCCCUCCUUGCCGUGAUGUCUGUGCCGAGGAAUUUGCCAGCCGCGGGGAGCACUGCAGAGUUGGCGAGGAAGCUCCACCGCCCAAUUGGUAUCCUCGGGAUGAACUCACGUGUGCUGCAAUGCGCUGGAGGCUUCCUCAUGUUCUCCUGGCCAUUCUCUGCCUACUUCUUCCGGCAGGACUAACAUAGUCCUCGCAAUUCCUCCUGAUCACUUGAAUGUGAUUAAUUAUCUACUAUAGCAUGUGAUAAACCACGAAAGAACUACCUUAAGACGCUUGAGCGCGAGUGAAACGCGAACAGUGGAACUGCAAGAAAAAAAAAUGUGUGAGUGUGACUUAACGGCGAAAAAUUUAAAUCCGUGUUCAUUCUAAAUGUUAUUAAAAACCAAGAAUUUCUCGAACAAAUUCAAUUUUCAUCACAGUUUAAAAACUAUUUUCCAAAAAAAAACAUCACCCCUUUAGGUAGCGAAGGAUUUUAGUGACGAGAGAUUGAAAGUCUCAAAACAGGAUGAAAGUUUUAGCAUGAUAGAAGAAUCCAAUUAGUGAAUUUAAUUAAUUUAUUGCUAUUAGAAGAUGUGUGAGAAUCACAAAGUAUAAAAAAAAUACUCAUUGAAGUUUUUCAAGGCUCUAUUAUAGAUUAUAUUUGUUCUUUUGUGACGACAUAGACAAAACAAAAAAGAAAGAAAGUAAGAAAACGAAAGUGGACUGAUUUAGAAGCAUUCCCAAUUUGUGCAUUAUCUCCCUCACUUUGAAGAGGACAAGAAGCCACAGCAUUCCAGUGAAAAAUAUUCAACAGUGACUCUCGAGGAAGAAAGAAAACCAUCAAUUUUGAGAUAAAUUGCCAAAGUAACAUGUAAUUUGUUCAAAAAUCUGUGAGAUAUAAAAGUUUAUUGAAAUUAUUGUA